AUGACGCGAGACAUCCCCACAGACAGGUUUGUGGCCAUCCGGAUGGGCACGUCAGUAGAGUCUCCACAGAAGUCCACGUAUGAGUGGCGGUUCGCCACGAGGUCUGACGAACGCAGUGUGUUUCAGACUCAAUAUGCCCGAGUUCAGCAGAGUCAAGGGACCUUCAGUGGUGGAGUUCCGGUCCAGAUAAAGCAGAGAGCGCUCGCAGUGAGUUGUAGUCCUUCAGUUCCCGUAGAGUCCCUGGUGCUUCAUCCAACACCACCUACACGUACAACAUCUACAACUACAUCCAGGCCAGGCCCAACCUCCUCGACUGGGACAUCAGCUCCUGCUACAGUGGUCAAAAAGAAGAGGGUUCUACAGUUUGCUGUACCUGGUUCCUACAGAUCUCAGAUAUCUUCCAACAGAGAGACGUUCAAACAUGAUACACUCUCAGUCUUAGCUUCCUCCCUCCAAAUAUCACCACUCCGGAUAAAUGACAUUAACCUUAAGUUGGAUGUCACCAACAACGUGAGUGUGACGUUCACCUUGCUGGACACUGCUCCCGUCAGGGGUGACGUGAAAGUCAACAUCACAGAGACGUCGCUGGACAGUGCUGUAGCAACACUUGCAAACCUGGUCAAGGAUCAUGCUUUCCUGAUACCAGCAGUAUUUGGCAGUCAGUUUGAGGCUAUUCCUGCUAUACCUACAUCAUUCCGGGACACUACUGAGGAAGGUGAAACCACUUCAACAUCAGCGACAACAUCACCAACACCACCAACAUCACCAAUAACACGAGAUACAUCAUCAUCAGAUACAUCAUCAUCAGAUACAUCAUCGACAGCAUCAUCAACUGCGUCAUUCACAACAUCUGCGGAAUCGUCAAAAUUAGUAAAACCCACGGAAACUGUCGCAACCAGAAUCACACAAACAAAACCAUGGAGGAAACCCACAGUGACCCCUGCAACUAAAGGUUAUGCGACCCAUGUGCCCCGCCCAUCAAAACCCCAUGUGACGACACAGCGCCUGCCCCGCCAAUCAAAACCCCAUAUGACAACACAGCGUCUGCCCCGCCCAUCAAAACCCCAUGUGACAACACAGCGCCUGUCCCGCCCAUCAACACCCAGUGUGACAACACAGCGCCUGCCUGGCCCAUCACUGGCUAACAUUAUGUGUAGCAACAACCAGAGAGGCUACAAAACAGGUGCUGUGGUUGGUGUGAGUGUCGCCAUGGUCGUUGUUGGGGGAGUCCUGGGAACUGGGGCCGCCAUCUUUAUGUCCAGAAGAAGGAACUUUGGAUUCUGUUGAUGUGGCUCGACACACGAACAUUUACAGGUCUCCUUACAUGUUGCAAAUAGCUGUCUAUGAUCUUUGACGUUCCUCCAAUAAAUAUGAAAC